UGAAAAAAAGAACUCAAAGAAAUUCUUAAGCUGUCAUUUUAUUGAACAUGAUAUGGUGUUUUCACAAAUUUUAGAAUAACAUUUUGUAGGCACAGAAGACAUUUUGGUACCUUCUGCACUAACCAUGUGUUCGCCAAAGGAUAAAGAUCCUCCAACUCGCUGGCAAGAGGACACCCUUCGUCAAGAAAUUAUUGACAUCAUAAACUUCAUCUUUGUCGCACACGGAAUAGUUUUGUGCACUUUGGUAACGUUCGGCUUAAUCAUAAACUUGCUUUGCCUAGGCGUUCUUUGUCGAAAACAAUUUAAAUCGGCUCCAUAUUGUCUUCUUCAAGCCCUAACGGUGGGCGCUUUGCUUGUUCUCGGAUUUUCUAUCUACUCUGAUAUCCUGCCUGCUUUUAAUGGGCGUCAGCGAAUUCGUGCUUUAGAAGAACAGAUAAAUAAAUUGUUGGACAGUGUGCAUAGAAAGUCUUCUAUGAACAUCACUUCAAAUAACACCGAAAUAUUUCUGGACGAAGCCAUUUUAAAAGUUUUUUUGUUAUCAGGCGAUGCGAAAUUUUCUCAGAAAAACUCUUCUUCAGCAUGGAGAUCUAGGCCGGAGCAGGCAACAGUUUGGAAUCAAAGUCUUGCAACGUCACCCACUUCUGUCCAGGAUAAUUGCCUCAACAAGACAAAGAUGGACAAGAAAAGUAAUCUAAACUCGCAGCCAGUCGUACAAGCUGUUGAUAGGUUCCUGGCGUAUUUUAUGUUGACGUUUAAUAUGUUCAUUGUGGCCAGCUUUGGGUUCGAGCGGCUUUUUGCUGUCCUUCAACCGGUGAGAGCUCGAGCUGUACUGACAGUUCAACGUACCCGCUACGCUGUUCUCGCUGUGGUCAUUCUGUGCCUUGUCAUUCACUCACCUCAGCUUCUGAAGGAGAUCAUAACAUCCAUCUACAACCCAGAACUCAUAGCAGAGGAUUACAGGGGCACCCUUCUGCAGUCCUACCGCCGCCAUUACGAAGAAUUCGUCGUGUAUUUGACGUCAUCACUUCUUGUGGUCAUUCUCUUUUCUAACUGCGCGCUGCUCACGGCUGUCUUCCGGGCCGAGCGACGCAUGCGCCUUGACCUCGGCGCGGGUGUGUCGAGAUCUGAGGUAAAUCGAAAACUGAAUAUAACUUACACCAUUUUGCUGAUCGUGUUAUGCCAGCUUCCACAAAGCGUGGCCAGCAACGUUAUGGCGCAUCUGGCGAUGGCCAAAAUGAUGAAUAACCUCGCAGUUUUCACGCGCGUCAUGGUCGUCAUCCGGGUGCUCUACGUUACCAGCAGUGCCUGCAGCUGCCUGGUUUACUGUCUUCUGGCGCGAAAAUUUCGGCGAGCCUUUAUUGACACCUAUUUCCGAUGGUGCCCCUGGAUAAAGAAGCUGAAAGCUGAGGCGUAUGUGGCUGACACGACUAAAAGUCCUGCCUCGUCGCCGUUAUCUAUAUCUCGCCUGAGAAACCGUUACCGGGCGUCUUCCCCUACCGCCAAUAUCACUUACGGCUCAAAUGUCUUUGCGAACUGAAUCCUGCCUAAUGGCCUUCAGGAAAAAAACUUUAAAAAACCCAAUGAUUAGUCUAGC